AUGGAGACUCCGGUGGAUAUUGGAGCCGAGUUUGCUACCAAUGGGAUGGUUCCUUGCACGGUUGUAGAUAUUGGGAAAGAAGUUUCCAAAAAGCCCCAGGCAUUGAAAGCCGAGGACGAAGACCAAAAUGACGAUGAGAAAAAUCAUUUCAAAUUUGGAGAAGUAAUGCCCGGCUGUAUAUACCGGAGCAGUUUCCCACAUACUGAAGACUAUCAAUUCCUCCAAACUCUCGGCCUGAAGACUAUUGUAACCCUCGUUAAUAAAGACACUCCUGAGUUUAAAGACUUCAUGAAAGCAAACGAUAUCUGCCAUAAGGUCAUUGAGCUGCCUGGAACGAAGAAAGUUGCCAUUUCUGAGGCCAUCAUGCAUUCAAUCAUGGAUGUCGCUCUCGACAAGCAAAAUUACCCCCUCCUUAUUCAUUGCAAUCACGGCAAGCAUCGCACUGGUUGCGCGGUUGCUGUCAUCCGGCAUGCCCAUGGUGUUGCAGUCACUGAGAUUGAGAAAGAGUACCGGAAGUUCGCUGGCGACAAAUCCAGGGAAUGUGAUAUCAAUUACAUCAACGAGUAUCAAGUCUCAAGCUUGCACCAAUUCUGCGUCGCUAAAGAAGAGCGGAUUCAGCAACAUCGCCGCCGCCGCAGAAGCUCCAAGAUGGCUCGAUAUAUUGUUAUUUCCGGUAUCUCGGUAUCCAUUUGGUUAACUAGCCUCUACCUAUUCCCUGCAUACAAAUCGUUGUAG